CGACCAGUCACAACUCGUCCGGAGUUCAUUUACUGGAAAUCGAGAAUAGAAACUGAGAUCUGACAGCAGUGAAAUCAUUUAUAAGAAAUCUGUGGGCAAACAGCAGCAGUCAGAGAGCUAAAACAGACAAGAUGAAUCCACAGGAAGAAUUUUCUGGAGCUGAAGUGCAAGAGAUAAAGUCCUACAUACAAGAUGGAGAUCUCAGCGGCGCCAUUGAAAGAAUAAAGAGUUAUUUACAGAGUUUGGAAAACGCUACUUUGAACAUUGCAGUAACGGGAGAGUCGGGGACUGGGAAAUCCACUUUUAUCAAUACUUUCCUUGACUUGAGUGAUGAAGAUGGUGCAAAAACAGGAGUGGUGGAGACCACAAUGAAUCCAGAGGCUUACUCCCAUCCAAAAUAUAGAAAUGUCAAGUACUGGGACCUUCCAGGGAUAGGAACACCGAAUUUUAAGGCAGAAGAUUAUCUCCAUAAGGUCCAUUUUGCCAACUAUGACUUUUUCAUCAUUAUUGCAUCUGAACGCUUCAGGGAAUGUAACAUCCAGCUUGCUCAGGCUGUGCAGGCCAUGAAGAAAAAAUUCUAUUUUGUAAGAUCAAAAAUUGGGCAAGACAUGUAUUCUUCUAAAAAGAAAAAGGGCAAGACGUUCCAUGAGGAGACUAUACUGAAAGAGAUCAGGAAAGACUGCCUUAAAUGUUUUCAGAAAGAAAAUAUUAACAACCCUACGGUUUUUCUUCUUGACUGCUUGGAGAAAGGCAAAUAUGACUAUGAUCUACUGCAAGAAGUUAUGGAGAGGGAACUUCCGAAUCAGAAGAGACAUGUCUUCCUGAUGUCCUUGCCUAAUAUUUCUCUAUCUGUGCUAGAAAAGAAGAUGGAGGCUUUGAGACAGCAGAUAUGGAAAAAGGCGACCCUGUCCUGUGCCGCCGCUGCGCUGCCUAUUCCGGGCCUGGGUAUCGCAUGUGAUCUCACCAUUCUGGUGAAGACUAUGAGAGAAUAUCAAACCGUAUUCGGCUUGGAUGAAGGCUCCCUCAACAAAUUAUGCCAACUUUCGGGUAAAAGCAUGAGCAAUUUGAAAUCGGUGCUCAAGUCCCCCCAAGUGAUUGGAGAAUUAAAUAAAGAGAUUGUCAUUAAAAUGAUUUCGAAGGGAACCAUGGGGGCGGUCAUGCUGGCUGAACAUCUGAAAAGCAGCAUUCCCAUGUUUGGCUCCUUGGCAGCAGGAGGCCUCUCGUAUGUGAUGACUUAUAAGAUGCUGAAAGGAUUCUUGUUAGAAUCCGCUCAGGAUGCACAAAGGGUUCUUAUAAAAGCCUCAGAAGAUCAAGUGUAAUGAAUGGAAAGUAGAAAAGAGAAACAGAACUGCUCCGGAUAUCUUGUGCAUGCGCAGUUGACUCCUACUUCCCUGGUACACUUGCUUCAGCUUCAUCGGUGGUUGGGACAGAGCUUCCCAUUGAGAUGAUUUUGCUGAAACAGAGCUCUUGCAGAAGUCGGGCAAGGCAGUGACUGAACUCUGCCUCAGGUGUCAGCUAGACAGGACUCUGUCACUAUCUCUCCUGACUUCCAGUGCAUGAUCCAAGAUGAAGUCAGAGUAAGUACACCCGGUUUCACAGCACAUGCUGACACUGGACCCUCUUUGGCUUGUCAAUCACUCAUAUGAACAGAACUGAGUCAAGGUAGCCCCACAGAACAGCAUUUUGAAGAGGCCACGGCGGUGAGGUGAGUGCCGUGGCCUCUUCCAUAAGCCAGUGACAUCACAAUUAUCAGUCACAUGAGUUAUGUGCAGUUUAGUCCCAUUCAAGUGAAAAGGCCUGGGAUGCAAUACCAACCCCAGCCACUAUAUAAUGUACAGUGCUGUGCUUGGUAUUCUGUGAGGAGGCCGAUAAACAUGACGUCACUGGCCCAGGAAGUGGCCGCAGGGCUCACAACCUCUUCAAAUAGCUGAUCGGUGGUGAUGCCGGGUGUUGGAUUCCCACCAAUCUGAUAUUGAAGACCUAACUGAAGGACAAACCAUUAAUAUUCUACUCCCGUAAAACCUCCUUAAAGUAUCUAAUAUUAACAGACAAGGUCGCCAUGUAUAGUUGGGUCUAUAGAGACAGCUUCUUCUGGAGGAGAGCCAUUUUGGAGGCCAUAUUAAUAUCAACACCUUCAAGACUGAAAAGCAAAGUCUGUGAAUAUCAAUAAAGUUGUAUCAUAAGAGGA